AAAAAAAAAAAAAUCUAAACGUUACCACUUUUUCCUACCGUUGAUAAUGUUACGCAAUUGCUAUGUAACAGCAGCACAGCUUUAAUUAAUUGUUUUCUUGAUGAUAUAUAUUCGAGAAAUUCAUGGUUUGCUCAAUAUGAUGCAAUGUGGACCUUUUCUAAAUUGUACUUGGAGAUCAGUCUUCAUUGUUCUAUCUUGACAUUGAUUGAAACAAAAAUAUAAACAUUAAAGAAGUAAACAACCACACAAAUCAUAAUCUAAAGCUUCACUGGUCAAUUGUUUUCUAAAGUGGCAUAGUGUAUUUUUAAAGUCUGACAAUUAAUUUUUAAAUAUUCUAAUAUACAUCUUGUAGAAUACUACUUGCAUAACUUUGGAAUUUCAGAAGUUUACUUCCAAAUGUUCCGUCAACGGUGUGUUCAAUUUUGACACAUUCAUUGCAGACUCCGGUAUAUAUACCCUCUAAUCUCAUCCAUAUUCCAUCAUAAUACACUACUAAUUAGAGACAGAUUAUCGAAAAAAAUUGUUAGCUACGAAUUAUUUAGCAACAAAGUUUGUAGCUAAUCCCAAUUUUCUCUUUGUAGUGGCACCUCCAGCGCCACCUCUAAUCCACCCAAAAUACCAAAAAUGUAUAGAGUUGCAAGAGCAUCGGAGUACUUGGUGAUCACAGGGUCAGGGAUCACUGACAUAAAUAUAACCAAGAAAGCAUGGGUACUUCCAGGACAAUCAUGUACAAAGUUUGAUAUUUCCCCUGUGAAUUACACUUUUGAAGUUCAAGCUAUGAGUGCAGAAAAGCUCCCUUUUCUUCUUCCAGCUGUUUUCACAGUUGGUCCUAGAGCUGAUGAUGAGGCCAGCCUCACGAAGUAUGCAAAACUCAUCUCUCCACAUGACAAACUCUCAAACCAUGUCAAAGAUCUUGUUCAAGGUAUCAUUGAAGGAGAAACUCGAGUUCUUGCUGCAUCAAUGACAAUGGAAGAAAUAUUCAAAGGAACCAAAGAGUUCAAACAAGAAGUGUUCGAGAAAGUCCAACUCGAACUAAACCAAUUUGGACUGCUAAUCUACAAUGCAAAUGUCAAACAACUCGUUGAUGUUCAAGGACACGAGUACUUCUCAUACUUGGGACAAAAGACUCAAAUGGAAGCUGCAAAUCAAGCGAAAAUAGACGUCGCAGAAGCCAGAAUGAAAGGAGAGAUCGGCGAGAAGCUGAGAUUAGGAGAAACGCUACAGAACGCUGCAAAGAUCGAUGCAGAAACAAGGAUUAUAUCGACGCAGAGGGGAGGAGAAGGGAGGAAAGCGGAGAUAAAAGUGAGGACUGAAGUGAAGGUUUAUGAAAACCACAGAGAAGCAGAAGUUGCUGAAGCAAAUGCAGUGUUGGCAAAGAAGAAAGCAGGGUGGGCUAAAGAAGCACAAGUGGCAGAGGUGGAGGCAGAGAAAGCAGUGGCUUUGAGGGAUGCUGAGUUGCAAAAGGAAGUGGAAAGGAUGAAUGCUUUGGCCAUGACAGAGAAGCUUAAGGCUGAGUUAUUGAGCAAAGCUAGUGUUGAGUAUGAAACUAAGGUGCAAGAGGCAAAUUGGGAGCUCUACAAGAAACAAAAAGAAGCAGAAGCAUUUCUCUACGAAAAGGAGAAAGAAGCAGAAGCACAGAGAGCAACUGCGGAGGCUGAUUUCUACAGACGUAAACAGAUCAUUGAUGGAGAUUUAUAUGCAAAGAUGAAGGAAGCAGAAGGACUUAAAGCUUUAGCAGAAGCUCAAGGCACGUAUUUGCACACUCUCUUAGAAGCUGUGGGUGGGAACUACGGAGCUCUAAGGGAUUACUUAAUGAUUAGUGGUGGAAUGUUUCAAGAUCUUGCCAAGAUCAAUGGCGAGGCAAUUCAUGGCCUACAACCCAAAAUCAGCAUUUGGACAAAUGGAGGAUCUCAUGAGGCAAAUCCAGAAGGUGGUGGAAGUGCCCUAAAGGAAGUUGCUGGCAUCUAUAAAACAUUGCCACCAUUGUUUAAGACUGUUCAUGAACAGACUGGAAUGAUGCCACCUACAUGGAUGGGCACCAUAACUAAUGACUCUAGUCAAUGAUUCUAGUCCUCAUUCAAAAAAUAAUGCAAUCGAUCAAAAUGUUGCACUUUUGCUAUUUUGUUCAAAUAAGAACACCAAGAGAUUGGUCUACUAGAUUAGUGCUGGUGCAUGUGACUUGAGGCUUGCUCAGUUAAUAAAGCACAUCCACGUCUAAGCAGUAAGUCCAGAGUUUGAUUCAAUUGUUGAACUUAAUAAAGUUCAACGGCUGUUGUUUGUUUACAUCUUUUUCUUAUAUGUUGGGAUUUUUAAAUUGGGCAUCUUUGAUCAACUUUUCGAUCAAAUUAUUUAAUGGUCGAGCUUCACCAACAUCGAAAUGAAACCUAUAUCUGAGAGCUUGAACUGACAGCAGCCCCACGGAAGAACCUUUCAUUAAAUUAAUGACUAUUAAAAUAUGAAAGACAGGAACACAAAAAAUAAAUAGAAGAGCUAAACAAAAAAAACGUAGACUUCACCGCUCAGCCAGCCAUAUUACGACAUUGAUAAUUGGAUUUGAAGGAACAAAAGAAGAUUAGAAUCAGACCCCUUCCCCAGACCUAUUUAAGAGACAGAAAAAAAAAAAAAAAAAAAAAAAAAAAGGAAAUGUUGUGCUGCAAUAGAAGAAGACAGUGUAUGUACGCAACUCUAGAAUAAAACCACAAAACAAAAGAAAGUUCAAGAAGAUAGUGAACUAAGAGGAAUAUGUAGUAAGAAAAAAAGGAUAUGCGUUAACGAAUAAUGAAAUAUCAAAACAUAUUUGUUGUCCUAGUUGAUGAUCAAAAAGAAGCAACCAACAGGCGAAGGCCGAUAGCAGAAACCCAAACAGAAGAAGAAAAAGCUUCUGCUCAUUUCUCUUUUCAAGAUUUGGAUCUGGCCAAAAAAAUAUGGGCAGUAUAGAGGGCAAACAAUCAGUAGACCCCUUGGGAUAAUAAAAUUGAUAUUUCAUGGUACUGGGUAGACUCAUUAGUGCCCGACUACAAAGGACAAACUAAACAACUAGUCCAAUCGUAGAAACGUCCACUUUAAGGCCAAGGC